GAGGCCAUACAGCAGAAGUCCCGCCCUGCGUAGGAAAACUUCCGGUUCCAACUGCUCAGUGCUUAUGUUGACCGGAAGCGUCCGGUAGCGCUGCGAUGGUGCUCCUGGAGAGCGAGCAGUUCCUGACGGAGCUCACCAGGCUCUUCCAGAAGUGUCGGUUGUCGGGCAGCGUGUACAUCACCUUGAAGAAGUAUGAUGGUCGAACUAAACCCACACCGAGGAAGGGUUCUGUGGAGGGCGUUGAGCCCUCAGACAACAAGUGUCUGUUGAGAGCAACGGAUGGGAAAAAGAAGAUCAGCACAGUGGUGAGCUCCAAAGAAGUGAAUAAAUUUCAGAUGGGUCUUGCUAAGGCUGGCCUCAAACUUGUAAUCUUCCUGCCUCGGUCUCCUGAGUACCUGGCAUUACAGGUGCUUUCUGUCCCAUUACCUGUGACCAGUCGUACAGGAUUUCUGCCAUGAUUCCUGCUGACCAGAGUUUCUGGGUUAAAUUGAUAGCCCUGGACAUGGACAUCUGGCCGACACUUACAACCAGGAGGUCACAGGAGCUUAUUGUAACCUGGAGAAGAAAUAGUGGUUACACUUAAAGAAUGACACUGCAGAUGUGGACAAACAAUAUGAGAGAAGGUGGCACUCAUGGGUAAGAAGGCAUUCUUAGAAUCUUGUACAACAACGAGGAAGGCUUUGCUUAAAAAUGACAUUGGGAAAAAUAAGACACAGUAAAAAAAACUUUUAUAUUCCAUUUUUAAGAUAGAAAUUAGCUACUAUGGGCAAGUAAAGGAACCAUUCUUAACUUUGUAGGCAAAGAGGUUCCAUAAGUGUUUGCUACAACUAGAACAUCUCCCAUUUACAUAUUGCAUGACAGAUGAGGAAAAAUGAACAUCUAAAGUCACCUUGCUGGAGCAGAAGACAAGGACUAAAUUGCAAGGAUUGCCUAUCUAUAGCCUUGUAUCUAUUAUAUGAAAGAUCAUUUCCCAAAUCCUCAGCCUAUAGCUGCUACACUGAUGAGAUACAUAUGUGAUCUCUGUUCCUGGCAUACACUUCCUAAAAUCCCUAGAAUCUUCAAAGUACUUUUUCUAUGCCAAUGAGGUGACUGACAUGGGGACUGGUCACUGAAAAGACCAACACAGGAUAAAAGGGCUAGGACUUUCAAUCAUAUCCUACAACUUCUGGGGAGGGAAGGGAAAGGAGCUGAAGGUUAAGUUGACUACUAAUGGCCAAGGAUGUAAUCAAUCAAGCCUAUGUAUUGAAGCUCCACCAAAAACUCAAAUGACAGGGUUCAGAGAACUUCUGAAAAGCUAAAUCUGUGGCAUUUUCUGGAGGGUUGCAUGCCCUGAGGAAAUGACACUAUCUGCAGUGAGGAGGAAGAGUAGACAGAAAGAACUGACUUGGAGGUCACCCAGAGGGAGUCUGCUGUUCAACACUGCUUCCUUGAUGUGUGACAAUACAACAGGAGAAAAUAAGUUUUUUUUUCCCUUCUCAAUUACAAAUAAUGCUUUUAGGAAUGAAAGAUAUAACAAAGUAUGAUAGAAAGCCAAGCUGGGACUUACAGGUUCUUCCAUAUUGAGGACAGCAGCAAAUAUCUUGUCUAUUGCAAUACUGAUACCAACCGCAGUGGGAACUGGCCCCAGAGCCUGUGGACCUCUAAACUGGGGAAUCUAUGGAGAGACAAACAGUUCUGGUUGUGAAAUACAGAAUAAACUGCGACUAUCAGGAAAGCAAUGAUUAAUGAGCAAGCUCUCUGUCAGCAACUUAUCAAAGGAUUCAAUGAAGAGUGUGAGUGUGUGUGAGUGUGUAUGUGUGUGUGUGUGUGUGUGUGUUUUAAGACAGAGACACAAAUUUAGGAAAAUAACAAAUAUUAAAUCUAGAUCUGCAUAGUUCAAUAUGGCAAAUCUGAACUGACAGGUGCUGUACAUGCAAAUGCACACCAGCUGCAAAGACUUGGAGUAAAUAAAGAACGUAAAAUAGCUUGUUGAUAAUUUUUGGAAGUUUGAGUAAAUGUUGAAAUGAAAUUUUGGAUAUAACUAGGUUAAAUAAAACAUAUCACUAAAAUUUCACUUUUUAUUUACUUAUUGUUACUAGAUAAUCUAAAAUUAUAUAUGUAAGUUCCAAACCAAGACAGAGGAGGUAUACUUUUCCCUACUCUUCCUAGGUAUAGCUAAAAAUCCUGGAUGUUACAUAUAAAACAAGGAGACUCUACAAGUGGAGAGAGGCAGACUGUCUAGGGACUGCAGAAUGCGAGGAUGACAAUGGUGAAUUCUCAGGUUUGCUCUUUGCUUCAUACAUCAUGGAUUAAGUACUGGAGAAACUGGCAACCCAGAAAUGCCAAGAGGAACAAGAAAGGGGAAACCCAGUAAGGCAGAUAACUUUAGACAAUAAUUUCCCUGCUCCAGCUAAACAUCAUAAAAAAAAAGCCCAGGCCCACUCCCACCAGUGAAGGCAGGGUGCAGAGUAUAGUCACCCUUACCCUGGCAAGGUGGCUUCAGAGGAGAGCAAGCAGAGAGCUAGGAUUUUCACAUCUGCCUAGCAGUAAUGCCCACCACCUACCCACAACAAUGCCAGUGGAGGCCAAGAUCCCCAGGAUACUGGAUUUUACCCUCACCCAGGCAGCAAGAAAGUAUCCCUCCCUACUGGGGUGGGGCCAGAGGAAGCUGAGUGGGAAGAUGUGAUUAUCACUGGCCUCCUGCCAGUUCUCUCCCCCUACCAUGGAUAGGUGGAGGCUUGUGGGAAGCAGUAACAUGGUGCCCUUUCACCUGGAGGUGUAGAUGGAGGAUGAGUAAGGAAUCUGGCACUCCGUGUCCAUACCACGUAGCAUCAGAGAUGGCCUGCUAAAGCAUAAGAUCCAGAUAAGUUCCAGUCUCAUAACAUGAGACUGCAGAUGUCCAGGACACAUACAUCCUGCCAAGAACUGAGAUAUAAAAGUAACAGAGAAAUAUUCAACACACACUAAAACCAAGAUCACAUACCUGUUGGAAUUACAUGGCAAAGAUUUUAAAGCAACCAGCAUAAAAAUGCUGUAACAUGUAUCAUGAACAGGCUUGAAAACAAAAAUAAACAAAAAUCUGAAUGCAUCUCAGCAAAUGAGAAGAUAAAACAAAACAAAAACUUCACUGAAUGGGCCAAAUAACAGACAAGAGGAAAGAAAUGGUGACAUUAAGUUAAAACAACUGAAGUCACUCAAUCUGUAAAAGAGAGAACAGAGGCUGUGAAGUAAAAUGUGCCAGAAGCCCAAGGUUAGAGACGAUAAAGAGACAGAGUGGCUCUCUCUUUCUCUCUCUCUCUCCAAAGAAUGCCUGAAAAAUUCCCAGGGUUGGCAAAAGACAAACUUGAGGAUUUAAGAAAGAAGCUAAGAACAGAGCAGGAUAAAUCUGAAGAAAUUCAUGCCAAGACAUAUUAUAGUUUAAUUUCAAACUCAAGACAAAAACAAAAUCAUGAAAGUAUCAAGAGAGAAACAUUUUUCCUAGAGGGUAAAAGUAAUUCAAAUUACAGAGGAUUUCUCAUCCGAAACCAUAAACUUAAGGGAAAUUUAAGAGAAUUUUUUUCUCCUCUUGAAUUUUAAAAAUUGUGUUUGACAAAGCAAAAAGUUUAACAUUGUUUGAUGUGGAUCUCAAUGGCAUAGAGCAAACACUGAGGGCAAUUAGAUCAUAAAUGAGGCACAGGUAAAGGGAUGCAAAGGGAGGGAGGUUUUUGCCCUUGAGCUAUACUGAUAAUGCCAGGAGAUAAGUAAUAGAACAGUUCUCUUGAUUGUGGCAGUCCUUACAGGAAUCUAUACUUUUGAUAAAAUGGCACAGACUGUACAGAUACCUUGUGCCAAUGUCAAUUUUCUGCUUCUGAUAUUUUAUAGAAGUUAACAAAGGAUUGUAAUCACUAGAGGAAACUGGGUAAAGGUUCUUCAGACCUCUCUAUACUAUCUCUGCAACGUCCUGUGAGUUUCUAAUUAUUUUUUUAAAGUUUAAAAAAUUACAAAUGUGGUUCACAUUAUAUUUGUAUUUCUAAAUGAAUGAUACAGAGAUAUUCAAUUGUAUUACUGGUUUAUGUAGGCUUAUAAAUAUUCAAAAUAAUAAGCUCAGGAAGAAAUAAAAUUAAGCCAGAACUAAUAAACACAGGGUGAGGCCUCACCAGCAGAUCAUAUCUGCCACCGGCUGCAAGGAUUUCAGGUACGGCUCUCUGCCUCCGUCUGAUAAAUGCCACAAACUGGAAGAUGAUUCCAUUGUGCUGUUGUACCUUAUAAACCAAGCCCAAGUUGAUCAAGACCUAGAGUAAAAUGCCAUACAAAUGUGUCAAGGACUGGAGAUUUAGAAUACAGAAUACAAUACUGAAAAUGCUGUUUUCCAUCAACAGCAUCAGAAUAAUCCAUUUAGCAUAAAGAAAAUACUGAGCAAUUUCUGGCAUGAAGUCUGUUUAACUGUAGCCUGCCACGCAAGAGAAAAUAUAUUCUCUUCAAGAAUAAACAUCGCUGGCUAGGCUGUGGCUCAGUGGUAGAGUGCUUGCCUAGCAUGAAUGAGGCACUGAGUUCGAUCCUCAGCUCCACAUAAAAAAUAAAAGAAUAAAAUAAAGGUAUUGUGUCCAUCUACAACAAAACAAAAAACCAAAAAAGAACAAACACCUCUCUGAGGCUAACACAGUAAGAAUUUCUAUAGGAGGGCUUGGGGAUGCAGCUCAGUGUUAAAUAAAAAUAUGAUGACAUGAGGCUCUAGGUUUGAUCCCCAGCACUGAAAAAAAAAGAAGAAGAAAGAAAAAACUGCUGCAUGGUAGGAAUUGAGAUGCUUGCAAAGAAAUCCUAAUUUAAGCCAAAAUUAUUUGUAGGUAUCAAAUGCUCCAAAACAUAGAAAGUAGAGCUUUUCUGUUAAAAUAAAACACUGGCAUUAAGGAAAUAAAAAACAUUUCCCCCUUGAGCUAUUAUUAAUGCUACAAAUUUGUCCUGCUACUAUCAAAUAGUUGCCAAACCUGUAAUUUUAUGCCAAGUUUCUUCAACAGUCCAACAACCUCCUCUAGGUCUUUUAAGCCAUACUUCACCAACUGGGCAACACCUGUUUUCUGUUUUAUUAGUGAAUUUAUUGUUGGUGUUAAGUCUUGCAGUUCCCCCUUCUGCUCGAUAAACUUGUAGAGUCGGCAGAGCUGGAAAGCAAUAGGCAGAGUUAGCAGUCAAUCCAUGGCAGGGAAAGACUCUUUGUUCAUGUGCUCAGGGAGUUCGUACACUUCUAGGAAGGGGGAUUUUGUGGUCAAUGGUAAUUUAAGCCUUUGCUGUAAUCAAAAGGGUCAUCCUUGUGUGAUAGUAGAAGCAAAUGUGACUCCAUUUUGUUUUUGACUUCAUCCUGUAAAACAACCAUGCCAAGAAGAAGGGUCAUGAGUGGGGCAAGAUGUUCUUUUCCUUUUGCUAUAGAAACCUUUAAGAAUGCAGAACUACCUAUUGGGGCAUUGUUUCUGUAACUAGGGUAACGGGGCUCUGUUUCUGUAACUGGGGUGAUUGGGCUGUGAUUGGCUAGGCUUCCCACCACUUGACUGCACUCUCCUGCUUCUGUAACCUGGCUUGCUUGCAUUGGCUAGACCCCCGAACAUCCCUUGUGCGGUUUUCAGGCUUAUAAGGAAUGACCUUGCAAUUGUUUGGGGCUGAUCAGGGGAACAGCUUUAUGUUCUGGUCAGUUGCCACUAGUGUGCUUCAAUAAAGGCUUGAUUUGAUUAUA